UGUUGCACUGAAAUAGCACGCGGGAAACCAUCAAAAGAAAUAGUCGAAAAUCAAGGAGAGCGGUCACUUCAUUGGAACAAUAUCGAUAUCUCUCCGCUCAACAUGGCGCCGAGUCGAACCGAGCCCCUGGACUUAGAAGUUCCGGAACCGAAAGUUUCCUACGAUAUCAAUGUCCCAUAUAAUUCUGGGCCAGAGGAGUAUGAGCGUCGUCUCCGGGAAACCUCAGAGUUUCCGGAUUAUCUACCUGUCUGGGAGGAGGGCCUUUGGUUCGACGACUUCCCAAUCUUCGAGUACCACGAUCCGGCACUUCGAGCAGACAAGACGAAGCCCCACCUUAUCACCGACAAUGUCAAAAUUCAAUCAGUCACACCGAGAAUGGGAACAAUCUUGACAGGAGUCAAGUUGGAGACCCUUUCUCAAAAGGCUAAGGAUGAAUUAGCCCUCCUGAUCUGCGAGAGAAAAUUCGUGGUUUUCCGGGAACAAUCAAACUUCCUCAAUGCUGGUCCACAGUUCCAAGUUGACUUCAUGGAAUACUUUGGAAAGCUUAGCCGGCAACCUGUAACUGGUGCUAUCAAGGGAUUCCCACAAUUCCACGUCAUUCAUCGAGAUGGAAAUGAGGAGGAGAUCAAAACCUUCUUUAAACACAAGAUGACUACGACCAUUUGGCACCAUGAUGUGAGCCACGAGAGGCAGCCUCCAGGAUACAUCAUGCUGGGCAUUCUUGCCUGCCCAGAAAUAGGAGGUGACACUGUGGUCGCAGACACCGCCAUGGCUUAUCAACGGCUUUCUCCAGUCUUCCAAGACAUGAUUAACAAGUUGAAAGUUAAUCAUACUUCUAGACAUUUGAUUGCACAUGCAAAAGCAAGCAAAGGGAUGGUCCGUUCCAAUCCUAUCGAUUCGAUUCAUCCCAUGGUUCGAGUUCACCCAGUCACAGGCGAGAAAGCAAUCUACUACAACGCCGAAUUCCCAGAUGAAGUUUUUGGGCUCAAAGAUCAGGAGGCAGAGGUGGUUACAAAGUUCUUGCUGGAUUUUAUCAGCAAGGGCCAUGAUUUCCAGGCAAGAGUUCACUGGGAAAAGAACAGCGUAGUGAUGUUCGAUGGGAGAACGACUCUUCAUACGGGGACCGUUGAUUAUGACACCACUACACAAACGCGGCACCUUUUUCGUCUUGCAGCUAUGACGGAGGUUCCAGUUUCGGUUGAGGAUUGGGAGGAGUCUCGAAAAGAGGAAAAAGAGAAAAUCUGAUUGGUUUCUGUAUCGUUUGAUGCUACGCAUGUAUGAUGGAUUUGAGCACAUUUGGUUGGUUUUAAGCGUUGAAAUCUUGUCCCGGAUAAUCACUUUGACAAGUGUGUUGAUGA